AUGUCUUUCACGGAGACAGUUCGUCUGAAAGUAUACUGGAAUACUACUUAUACAACUGAACCUGAUGGGACUAUCACUGUACAGCGGGAUGCGCCGGACGGUUAUCUUAUCAUUGAUAGUAUGUUAGAUUUCUCGGAACUUGUUGAUAAGGUAUGUGGUGUGAUGGAAGUUGAUAGAGAAGGGUUGUAUAUUGAUUUUUCUUUGGUAUGGACGGAGAGGUCAAGAAAAAGGUCUCGUGUGCACAUUAAUGAUGAUAAUACUGUUCGGUUCAUUUAUCUUUGUGCUGAUAAAUGGCCAGAAUUGUACCCUGAAAAUGUUGAGAGAACAAGCCAUGUUUAUGCAAGUACAUCUGUCCAGGAUAUUGGUGCCAGCACUAGUGGUGGUAGAACAGUUGAAAGCAAUGAAGAUGGAGAUGAAGAUGAAGAUAAAGAUGAAGAUGCAGAUGAAGAUGAAGAUGGCGGGAGUGUCGAAAGCAGUGAUGAUGAGUACGUCCCAUCGGUUGAGGACUCAGAUGACGACACUGAUUUUGAGUCAUCUUCUUCAGUCCCAUAUGUUUUCGACGACAUAAGUGGAUGGGACAAGACUUUAGAGGAAGUAGAUUAUGAUGGGAUUCAAAUGUGGGAUGGCAAUCCGUUGACGCUAGACCUUGAUAUACAUUUCGCCAACAAGCCUGAGGCACAAGCGGCAGUGGGAGAAUGGAACUUGGUACAUGGUCGGACUUUCCGGGUGAAAACGAGCUCUAAACGAACAUGGUAUGUCGAAUGCGAGACCUGUGGACCCAAAUAUCUGAAAGAGCGUCUUCACGGCUAUGAUUGUCUAUGGAAGGCGCGAGUUUCGCUACAGAAGGCCACCGAUACUUGGAAAAUGGUGGCAAACAUUGAUAUGAUCCAAAAAUGUCAGAAUGUUCUACCUCCUAAGCCAAUGAAACUGUAUGAAAAGGCCCGGAAGAAAUCAUUGAGGCAAAAGGUCAACCAGUUUAGCAAGAGAAACCAGAAGUACGAAUUGGUUACAAUAGCACCUGAUAAUCAACCAUGGAAGGCUGAGGACAAGCAAGUUGUGCUGUAUGCAAAUCGAGAGUGCACUUGCGGAAGGUGGCAGACUUUCAGAUUUCCUUGUUCCCAUGCACUUCGGGUUGCCCGUGAGCUAGGUGACGAUCCCUUCCCACUUUUUGAUCCAUGUUACACUACGCAUCAAUGGUACCAGCAGUUUUCUGGAGAAUUCAACCCAAUCAUGGAACCAUGGCCAAAGGCAACGUGGCAGAUCAGGCCAGAUGACACUAAACUUGUCCACCAUGCUGGCCGGGGUCGGAAGCGUGUGAAUCGGAAAAAAGGAUGUGGAAGUUUAGAUCAUGAUGCUGUGGAAUGCCCUUUUUCUCAUCCACCUGCUGACAGGACCGCUAUUGAUAAACUGUACGAUCCAUAUGGAAUUCGUGGUGUGCCUAAUAUCAAUUCUGAUGAUUCUGAUGAUGCGUGGUCCCGUGAGAAAAAAGUUCAAGGUAUCACGCGGUUCAAUUUGGCCGCGUACCGGGAUCAGCUUGCAGUUCUCGCAGAGUCUGAUUUUGUAUGGAUGCCGUACACGACUCUUCUGGGUCGUAUUGCCAGGCGGAUACCCGGCGACGCAUUACUUCUCACUGCGGCGGAAAUUACUAGCCUCCUCAAGAGGAAGCCGUUUGGAGGAUUCGAUAGGAGAUGGUUACAACAACUAGGGAUAUAUCUCCAGGUUUGGAAUGAUCGCCACGACCAACUUGUGGGGACUGAUGAUGAGUAUGUUGGCGAGCCUUCCGCAGAUCCGGAGUAUAUCUUGUGGUACCAUCAGGCCACAUUGAUGGAGGACGUUCGUAGUCUGAGUAUUAUAGGCCAGCGUACUUUCGACGCGGACUCCUUUGGUUAUGAUCGCUUAGGCGAGAUUGCCCAGGUUGCUGAGCGGGCGUUAUCCGUCAAUGCAACGAAUGUUACCUCCGAGGCGUUCGCGCAGGUCUCAGCGUGGGCGUGGGGGGCAAGAGACAAUCACAUCCACUCAGCCAUAUCAGUCCUCCCAGCAUCAGCAUUCUCAUAUUCCCUUCACUGGCGGUUUAUCCCAUCAGUCUCCACAUCAGUCUCCACUCUAUUCUCGACAGCAUUCAGCCCAUCAGUCUCCACAUCAUUCAUCCCAUCAGUCUCCACAUCAUUCUUCGCCGACCCAACAGGCGUUUUACCGUCCGAUUAUGUCUCCCCAGCACCAGCAGUCCCAUUUUGCCUUCACUCAGUUUUCCUCCCCUCAGACUUCUCAGCGCAGUUUGGAGAUUUUUUUAUUGACUUUUCUGGGUUUCAGCAGAGUUCGCUAGAUAGCCAGUCGAUACAUUACACGAGUAACUUUCUUUCGAGUAUGUUCGAGGGUGUUGCGGGUCAGCAUCAGGCUGAUGACCCAGCUGGAGGUGAGCGUGAGAGUCAGGGUGAAGAUGAGGCUGAGGAUGAGGCUGAGGAUGCAGACCAGGAUGAUCAGUUUGAGGGUCAGGGUUAUCAACGCCAUGAGGAGCAGGGAUCGAGUCAGACUCUAGGGACUCCACCGUUGGCUGUGAGUAAAGGCCAGAGAAUGACGAAGGAGUCCGGUAGAUUGACUUAUAGCCUUUUUCGGGCUAAAAAGCCCAAAAAGAAGUAG